AUGGCGACCAAAUCGUACAGCAAACACAAGGAAUAUAAAGAAUUUUCUAGCAGUAGAGGCACAGUGCCCUACACCGACGAACAAUUCGACAUGAUAAAAUCCGACCUUUUACCAAAAGGAAGCAAGCUCGACUCUCUAGGCAGGAGUGGUUUGGGAACCAGGGAGUACCAUUAUGAGUACAAAGAAGAGAAGUUACCCGACGGAAAGUAUGACAGGAAGGACUUCCAUACUGUCGAAGAAUACACAGUACCACCAAAGACCAAACCGAAAUCCUCUGAGAGCACAGCCUACUACUACGAGAGGCAGGAGAGGGAACUUCCUGUAGUCACUGGCACCAGGACCUACAACUAUGAGACUACGAGUUCUACUCCUGCCUAUUCCAAAGUGAAAAGCUCCAAGGCGACAAAGGAGAUGACUCAGAACGUUGAAGAACUGGAUUCUCUUCUGGAUGACCUGCAGAAGGAUCAGGAACGGCAGUUGUAUAAAACCGGUUACUCAUCAGACACAGCUGAAAGUACAUCAUUCGACUACCGCAGAGGGACUCCAGCCAAAGCGCCAUCUAGCGGCUACUCGACACUGAAACACGAAGAAAGAGUGGAGUCUUCUUCUUGGGGCUCCAGUCCACCCCCACCUUCUGUCACCCGUGCAGCAGAGAUUCGCCAAGAGGUGUACAGAGAAGAGAAGACAGAGUCGCGCGUAGUUCCAUCUCAGGUGUCACCCGCCAUACCUCAGCCUGUUCCACCCACUUUAUGUACGAAUUGUCAUCACGUACCCGCCACUGGCACUCUUUCUCGCUCCAGUACUCCCAUGAACAAAGUGACCACGACCGUAAAGACGUACACGUACGAAGUACCCGCUGAUCAGGACCCAACAACAGUGCCAUUGCCGACACACGCCGAUCAUAGCCACACUUAUGUGUCUGAAGAGCAUCACAACACGACGUCAAGUUCAACGGGCACUCUGCCUAGACCAGCUCCGUCCCCAAUUCCCGGAUGCCAGUACUGUUCUCAUUGCAACACAAGAAUCCGGGAGUACCGUACCCACACCACAGAUCACACAAAUGAGCGAAUGAUUUACCCUACCCCCCCCAACGACUCAAAACAGCUGCAUCCCGAACCGCACAAUGGACCCGGCCCCUAUGGUCCAACCUCAUACAAGUAUUCGGAGACGAGCUACUCCAGCCAAAAUUCAACUCAGCGAUUCCCCCCCUCUCCGGUGGGCAACCAUCCCCACUCCCUCGCACCCCCUUCCCCCACCCCUCCCUUCCCUCGCCCUUCAACCCCCUCUAACCAGCAACAGCCCCCCAAGAAGCUGGAUGAUCUGUUAGCAGAUUUUCCCGAAGCGCGUUUUCCAACACAACCGGACGGUAUAACUCAGCGCAAAGUAGAAGUAUCACGGGAGACACAAUCCGCUCAAACCAAAGCUGCGCCCGUGGGCAGCAGUAAGAACGUGGCUGGUCCAGCCGUGUACUACCCUCCUGGUCACACGCCAUUCGUCAACAAGGAUUCUGGAUAUCAGGCUAGCGCAAUGCAAGCUGGUGGCGGUCAGUACGCGUCAGGCCGCGCGAUGUACGAAUACGAGUCUGGAGCUAAAUCUCGCGAAAAACGCAGCGAGACGAAAACAGCAGUGCCUGUCUGUCUGCCUCUCUGCUGUGCUAUGCCCUGUGUUAUUUUGUGA